GGCAACUCUCGUGGCAGGUUCAGAAGCCGGUGCUGGAGGAAAGAUGUGGAUCCUGUGUGCUAGACUGCUGGCUCUGGGCUCUGUCAUCUCUGUCAUCUCUGUCAAUGGAGACUCCAAAGCUGUCACAACAACAUUGACUGCUAAAUGGCCCUCUACACCUCUCCUGCUGGAGGCUAGUGAAUUCCUUGCUGAGGAGAGUCAGGACAAGUUCUGGGACUUUGUUGAGGCCAACCAAAAUAUUGAAAAUGAGCAUGAUGACACAGAUCUGGCAUACUACGAGCUCGUCAUAAAGAGGGUCAGUGAGCUUCUGAGUCCAGUGCAGCUGAACCUACUCAAGUUCGCCUUGUCUCUGAGGGCCUAUUCAUCCACCGUUCAUUCCUUCCAUCAGAUCGCAUCGAAUGAGCCUCCUCCAACUGGCUGUAAAGCUUUCUUCAGUGUUCAUGGACAAACGUCUUGUGACACAGAAAAACUUCAAACCAUUAUAGAUACUGGUUUAGAACGGCCUAAACCAUACCUGUUCAAAGGUGAUCACAAAUUUCCAUCAGCCAAUCCAGAUGCACCCGUUGUCAUCCUUUAUGCUGAGAUAGGCACCAAAGAGUUCUCCAGAUUCCAUCAGCUGAUGCUGGCUAAAGCCAACGAGGGCCUGAUCACUUAUGUUUUACGACACUUUCUCUCAAAUCCCAGCAAGAAUAAAGUAUACCUGUCUGGAUACGGAGUGGAGCUGGCCAUCAAAAACCAAGAGUACAAAGCGAAAGAUGAUACACAAGUUCAAGCUGGAGCUGAUGUGAAUGCCACAGUAAUAGGUGAAAAUGAUCCUGUGGAUGAAGUUCAGGGUUUUUUGUUCGGUAAACUCAAGACUAUUUAUCCUGAGCUGAAGGAACAGCUGAAGGAGCUCCGCAAGCAUUUGAUCGAGAGCACCAAUGAGAUGGCACCACUCAAAGUCUGGCAGAUGCAGGAUCUCAGCUUUCAGACGGCCGCUCGUAUCCUGGCAGCUCCUUCUGUAGAUGCUCUCAAUGUCAUGAGGGAUUUGAGCCAGAACUUCCCUACCAAAGCCAGGUCCAUAACAAAAACGGUGGUGAAUUCAGAGAUCCGUAAAGAGAUUGAGGAAAAUCAGAAGUAUUUUAAAGGCACGUUGGGCCUCCAGCCUGGAGACUCAGCUCUGUUCAUCAAUGGACUCCUUGUUGACCUGGAUGUGCAGGAUAUCUUUAGUGUGUUUGAUUUGUUGAGGAAUGAGGCGAGGGUCAUGGAGGGUUUACGCAGUCUGCUCAUAGACACACCAUACAUCCACGACAUCCUCAAACUCAACGUCCAGCCAUCAGAUUCUGAUUAUGCUGUGGACAUCCGCAGCCCUGCAGUUAAGUGGAUUAAUAACCUGGAGACAGACGGCCUAUAUGCGUCCUGGCCCUCUAAUGUACAGGAGUUACUGCGGCCCACCUUUCCUGGAGUUAUUCGACAGAUCCGCAAGAACUUUCACAACUUGGUGAUGAUUCUGGACCCUACUCACGAAAACACAGCGGAGCUGAUCGGCGUGGCUGAGAUGUUCUACAGUAACAACAUCCCACUUAGGAUUGGAUUGGUUUUUGUGGUGGAUGACUCCGAUGAUGUUGAUGGAAUGCAAGAUGCUGGUGUGGCUCUACUUCGAGCCUUCAACUAUAUCUCUGAUGACGUGGACAACCAGAUGGCCUUCGAUGCCAUCAUAUCGAUGUUGAACAGAGUUCCCAGUGGAGGCAGACUAAAGGUGGAGCACGUGGUGGGUGUGUUGGAGAAGAGAUAUCCUUAUGUGGAGAUCAGUAGCAUCCUGGGGCCUGACACUGCCUAUGACAACAACAGAAAAGAGGGAAAGGCUUAUUAUGAGCAGACUGGUGUCGGCCCGCUGCCUGUGGUGUUGUAUAAUGGAAUGCCUUUGCAACGUGAGCAGUUAGACCCAGAUGAGCUAGAGACCGUUGUCAUGCACAAGAUCCUGGAGACUACCAGCUUUUUUCAGCGCGCUGUCUACCUGGGUGAGCUGAACAGUGAUCAUGAUGUGGUGGACUUUAUCAUGAAUAAACCCAAUGUUGUCCCACGAAUCAAUUCCAGAAUCCUGACCACCAGCAGGAAUUAUUUGGAUCUCUCCGCCACUAACAAUCAUUUUAUCGACGAAUACGCUCGUUUUCUCUUUCUGGACACCAAAGACAAGAAUGCAGCAGUGGCCAACAGUAUGAACUACUUGACAAAGAAAGAUGAUAGCAUCAUCCAUCCAGUGACUUUCUGGGUGGUAGGCGACUUUGACCAGCCAUCAGGAAGACAACUGCUGUACGAUGCUAUUCGACACAUGAAAACCAGUAAUACCGUGCGUUUGGGAGUGAUCAACAACCCCAGCGAGAGCCCAUCUAAUGAGAACAGCCUGACUGCUCGAGCUAUCUGGGCAGCCAUGCAGACCCAAACCUCCAACAAUGCCAAAAACUUUAUUACCAAAAUGGCUAAAGAGGAGACAGCGCAGGCUCUUUACGCAGGGAGUGACAUUGCAGAGUUUGCUGUUGGGGGCAUGGAUGUCCCUCUGUUUAAGAGUGCAUAUGAGUCCCCUAAAGUUGACUUCCUGUUGGCUCACUCAGUGUACUGUCAGGACAUCCUUAAAUUGCAGAAGGGCCAGAGGGCUGUGAUCAGUAAUGGACGGAUCAUUGGUCCACUGGAGGACGGGGAGGUCUUUAACCAAGAUGACUUCCUGCUUCUUGAGAGCAUUAUCCUAAAGACUUCAGGGGAGCGGAUCAAGGGCAAAAUUCAACAACUGGGCAUGGUAGAGGACAGAGCUAGUGAUUUGGUCAUGAAGGUGGAUGCCCUGCUUUCCUCCCAGCCCAAAGGUGAGGCAAGGAUUGAGCACACCCUUGCAGAAGACAGAUAUAGUGCAGUGAAGAUCAGACCAAAGGAACAAGAAGUAUACUUUGAUGUGGUAGCUGUUGUGGAUCCAGUGACCAGAGGUGCUCAGAAACUGGCUCCCCUUCUCCUGGUCUUGAAGCAGCUGGUUAAUGUCAACCUGCGAGUGUUUAUGAACUGCCAGUCCAAGCUCUCUGACCUCCCGCUGAAAAGUUUCUACCGAUAUGUCUUGGAGCCAGAGGUUUCGUUUCUGGCAGAUGGCAGUUUUGCUCCAGGUUCCAUAGCAAAGUUCCUGGACAUGCCUCAAUCUCCUCUGUUCACCCUCAACCUUAACACUCCCGAGAGCUGGAUGGUUGAGUCCGUCCACACACGCUAUGAUCUGGAUAACAUUUACCUUGAAGAGGUUGACAGUGUUGUGGCCGCUGAGUAUGAGUUGGAAUAUUUAUUACUCGAGGGUCAUUGCUUUGACGUCACGACAGGUCAGCCGCCCCGCGGGCUACAAUUCACACUGGGCACUGCCUCUGACCCUGUCAUUGUCGACACCAUUGUUAUGGCCAACCUGGGCUAUUUCCAGCUGAAAGCAAACCCAGGAGCCUGGAUCCUCAGACUGAGGAAAGGCAGAUCGGAUGACAUCUACAAAAUCUACAGUCAUGAUGGCACAGACUCUCCAGCUGAAGCUGAUGAUUUAAUUGUCGUCCUCAACAACUUCAAGAGCAAGAUUAUUAAAGUGAAAGUACAGAAGAAGCCCGAAAUGAUGAGUGAAGAGCUUCUCAGUGAUGGAACUCUUGAGGACGACUCUGGAUUCUGGACUUCAUUGACCAGAGGAUUUACUGGUGGUUCCAAUCCAGAAGAACUCAAACAGGAGAAAGAUGAUGUCAUCAACAUUUUCUCUGUCGCCUCUGGUCACUUGUACGAGAGGUUCCUCAGGAUAAUGAUGCUGUCUGUGCUCAAACACACCAAAACACCCGUCAAGUUCUGGUUCCUCAAAAACUACCUAUCUCCAGCUUUUAAAGAGUUUAUCCCAUAUAUGGCAGAAAAUUAUGGCUUCCAGUAUGAGUUGGUACAGUAUAAAUGGCCACGUUGGCUGCACCAGCAGACGGAAAAGCAACGGAUCAUCUGGGGUUAUAAGAUUCUGUUCCUCGAUGUGCUGUUUCCUCUCGCUGUGGAAAAGAUUAUUUUUGUAGAUGCAGAUCAGAUAGUUCGCACAGACCUAAAGGAGUUGCGGGACUUUGACCUGGAGGGGGCGCCAUAUGGUUACACUCCUUUCUGUGAGAGCCGAAGGGAGAUGGAUGGUUACCGUUUCUGGAAGUCAGGGUAUUGGGCCAGUCACUUGGCAGGACGUAAAUACCAUAUCAGUGCUUUGUAUGUGGUGGAUCUGAAGAAGUUUAGGAAGAUUGCAGCUGGAGACAGACUGAGAGGGCAAUACCAAGGUCUGAGUCAAGACCCCAACAGCUUGUCCAACCUGGACCAGGAUCUGCCCAACAACAUGAUCCACCAAGUGCCAAUAAAGUCACUUCCUCAAGAGUGGCUUUGGUGUGAAACCUGGUGUGAUGAUGCUUCUAAAAAGAAAGCCAAGACCAUAGAUCUGUGCAACAACCCUCAGACAAAAGAGCCAAAGCUGCAGGCUGCUGUCCGUAUAGUAGCCGAGUGGAGUGACUACGACCAGGAGAUUAAGAAAAUCUACAACACCUUCAUUCCAGGUGGCACAGCAGGCACCCAUCAGACUACAGACAGAAAACACACAAGUGGUGACGAGCACACAGAGCUUUAAGCUGAAGCUCUACCGCCAAAGAAGAGGGUACUCUGAUUAAAGAGUUGUCUUUUCUUUACCCUUUUUAAACCAAGCCUAUCCUCAAGGAACAGGUUGACAUUUGUGCUGAACUUGAACUUUAACCGAAUAUAAUGCAAAUUCCCUUUUUGUUUCCUAAUGGUCGCUGCUUUUGUUUGGAGGUUUGGGGCUCAGGGUAAAACACAUGGAGAGGAGAGCAGUUGUACAUUCAUUAGGACAGAGGGCAUUUCCAAUCACCUGCCAUUUUUAAUGCUUAAAGGCAUAGUUCACCCAAAAUUAAAUUUCUUUCACCUUAUGUUGUUUCAAGCCCGAUUGACUUUCUUUCAUGAAACACAGAAGGAGCUGUUAGGCAGAUUGUUAGCCUCAGUCACCGAUCACUUUUAUGAUGUUUUUUUUUUUUUUUAAUCAUGCAAUGAAAGUGAAUGGUGACUGAGACCAACAUUCUGCCUAACAGCUCCUUUUGUGUUCCACAAAAGAAAGUCAUAAAGGUUUGGAACAACAUGAGGGUGAAUGCAUGAUCAAAUUAAUUUUUGGGUGAACUAUCCCUUUUACUCCCAAAACACUUUGGGCUUGAUAGACAUCCGCAUUUGUCACAUUCAAAAGCAGUUCCACUGGAGAAAAAAGGCAAACGCAGUCUCUGAUUGGUCUAGGUAGUAACCAAUGGGAAUAACUUAAUUGAACAAGCCACAGAAAGUGCAUGUGCACAUUUUUAACAUGAAAAAAGGAUUCGAUAAAUGUCCCUCUUAGCUGUAAUGUCAUGCACUGACUUGCUCUCAAGAAAAUGAUUAUCAUGAAGAAUGGCACACAGACUGUUCAUUUAAAAGCCACCCAUGGUUUUGAAAUGCCACGGCAGCAAAGUGAUUUCAUAAUAGGUGGACUUCAAAGCAUAAAUCACUUCCUGUGACACAUCACAUUUUAAUUUAGAGGCUCGAUGUAAAAAAAAACAGCCUUUUGGUAAACAGCCUUUAUUUCUUUCUAGCCCAAGUCAAACCUGUCUCUUUUUGUUUGUGUUUGCAGUCUGUGAGUGGUUGAUCCAUUUUACAGAUGAUCCGUCUAAUGUAAAUGGUGACAUAGCGUUGUGUCCAAAAGGCAUUUUAAAAAUGUUAAUUCACAUCACUCCUUUAAGAGACACGUCAAGAAGAUCUUUUAACUCAGGAACAAGCUAUUUGGUUGUUUUAGUCACAGCUGAGAUUAAUAAAGAAAUUUUAAUUUACUGACAGAUUUCUGUGGGCAUCGACAAGCUCCAGUAGUGUUGUCACAGCUUAAUGCUGGCAGAUGGUUACUCGACAUUAAAAUGAUUCAUAAUGGCACAUUCAGUUAAUGAACCAAUGUCAAUAGUCCAGUUAGCCCCAUAGGGUCUAAAUGAUGUCUUUAAAAUGGAAGGGAAAAAACCCUGCUUGUCAGGUUUCCCUAGAGAUAUUGCUAGCAGGGAAAAAGUAAUUACAGGUUGUAUUUUUUUUUUUUUUUUUUAUCUGGAAUUUAGUUUUCUUUGGUAUUCUUUCAAAUCACUGGAUUUCUUAUGUAACUCAUUGAAGUGGUAACCUAAUAUUUCUUUCAAGGUCAGUCACUCUGGCCUCGUCUGUUUCUGUGGUAAUGCUUUUGAGGGUUUGAGAAUGACCUCUCUUGACCACUAGCUCAAUACAUUUGAUUAUCAUCAUAAUCAUCAUCAUCAUCAUAUGGCAUGGGACUAUAAGUAAUAUAGAUGUAAGUUUUUCAUCCUGGGUAAUUACCUGGCAAUAUUACAUGCAUAUUGGCAAUAGAUCUCCGAGUCCAUUUGAUGUCACACAGACCCUGAAGAGUGAAAGGAAAACAGGGCUUGUACAGUGCCUUGUGUUUCGUUAUAUCUGAGAGGUACAUUACAGUGUCUUGUGGUUGUCUUUAUCUUAUGUACUUUGAGUACACUUAAUAUUGGGGGAAAAAAGGACUGAUUUAGUCACUAUGAUGAUGAUGCUUUGGAAUUACUGUAAGAUUAAUUGUGGGAUGACAAUAUUUUGUAAUAAAAGAUGUACCAAA